GAGUAGGAUUAUCCUUCCGGACGCGGACCGACUGUACGUCCUGUCGAGUUCAGUCGUGUGUGCGACAAGUAUGUCCUGUCAACUACUGCUGAGUGCGUAAUGGCGACAAGUGUGCCCUGUACCAGGUCUACAUAACCAGUGACCCGGAACACACCUCCAGACGACAGUUUCUAACUAUGUGGAUAUUUACUGGGUUGAAAGACUGUGAUUGAUGCUUCAAGUUUCAGACGCCAGGGCGAGUAGUCGACGGAAGGGACGAGGGAGAGGUGUUGCUGUGGUGAUGUGUGUCUAGCAGAAACAUCCCAAUGAAGAGGACGUCAGGAGAAUGUUGUUUCUUUACAGCGCUUCUGGGAAUCGUCAUCCUCAUUGGCUGUCUGUUCAUUGUCGGAGUCCCGAAGUUUGUUAUAGGGAUGGAGUAUUUGCACCAAUGUCCCGCGGCACCCCUCAUCCCCGUGUAUCUGUGUGUCUCGGGGCUACUGGGCGUGGCCGGGGUGGGACACAGCGUCUUCCUGUGGACAUGUUUGUUUCGCAAGCACAUGAAAGGGAAUAAAACAACACACAACGUCUGCCUGUUGCUGUGGGUGUUCGUGAUGUUCACCAUCCCCGUUGUCCAGCUUGUGGGUGGGCCAUACAUCAUUUAUACCUACCGUACAGGCACAUUUCGUCAAGGAAGAUGUGACGUCAUUGCAACUAUGACGUCAUCUCCUUUAUUAUCCGGCCAAUCGUCGACAUCCGAAACUUUGGGCAUUGCCGUUACCCAGCCACUGACAAACGAAACUGGUUUUUCAUAUACAUCGAUCACGGAUGAAAAAAGAAUACACUCGCAAAAUGAGAAAAACACUUCGUGUGUAUCUUGUGAUGACGUAAUCAUUUUGUGUGCCUAUGGCACAUCAAUAUUUGAGUUGGUAUUUAUGACGGUGCCACUGUUGUGUUUUGUAAUAGCCGCAAUAAUAUUUCGACUUCGCCAAAAAGAUAACCUCUCGAAACAAAAAGCUACAAUUGUUUGACCUUGAACAUUUAUAUGUGUUAUAUUUAUGCCAUGACAUAUUAUAUUUAUUGACCUCAUGUAGAUAGUACACUGGCCUUCGGGGCAUACAUCGGAAGUGUCGGCAGAGUUGUCUCUCUUGCACGCAUCAGGAUCCCUGAGCACAACGUUUCAUAAAAGUAUUAACGCAACAUUUUAGUUCAUUUUAGAUUGGUACGAUUACAUAGUUUGUACCGCCUUUUUAACGCCAUUAGACAUAUUCUGUAUUUAUCCUUUUUUAAAAAAAACGUUUAUAAAUAAUAAACGAUUCUAUACGAA